AUGAAGAACUUUAUCGGUGCCGCACUGGUGGCAGCUGUUACAGCUACAGCGACUAGCACUUCUGCUCCGACAUCGGCCCCAACUGGAUCUAGCUAUGCAUCUGGUUUUGACAUGACCAAAAGCUGGGCCAAUCUUAGCCCCUAUAAGGACGCAGAUAGCUUCGGCAUUCCUAGUGGUGUGCCGCAAGGAUGUGAACUGUCUCAGGUGCAUGUUCUGCAUCGCCAUGCGCAGCGAUUCCCCACGGAUUACCCGCUGGAUGGCGAGGGAAUGACCGACUUUGCCGCCAAAUUGACCAAUUACAGCAAGGCUAACCCAGACAAGACCGUGGCUGUGGGUCCUUUGAAGUUCCUGAACAACUGGGACUAUGUUCUUGGCGAGGAUACUCUUAUGGAGAAUGGUGCUGCCACUGAGGCUACAUCCGGUGCCAACUUUUGGAUCAAGUACGGAAGACUGCUGUACCGUGCCGGACGUGAGAAUGUCGCUGCUUGGAGCUCAUCUCUUAACGUUUACGCCAACGGCACAAACCGCCCGACGCCGGUGUUUCGCACUACAUCCCAGGCACGUAUUUUGGAAAGCGCACGUUGGUGGCUCAGCGGCUUCUUUGGCAACAGUGGAGGCAACAGCUCUUAUGACCAGUAUAAUCUUGUCGUGAUACCCGAGCAGGCUGAUUUCAACAACACUCUCGCUUCGUAUGAAACAUGCACAUUUGAUUAUUCGGAAGGCGACAAAGCCGCUGAGAUCUUCAUUCCUCGAUACACAAAGAAUGCUCGCACCCGUCUGUCCUCUUACUUCCCUUCCGACUUCAACCUGACCAGCAUGGACGUCCUUGCCAUGCAAAACCUCUGUGUAUACGAGUACACCAGUCUCGGCGGCUCAUCAUUCUGCUCUCUUUUCACCGAGCAAGAGUGGAAGGACUUCGAGUACAACAUCGACGUGCAGUACUAUGGAGACUACGCCUACGGCUCGCCCAGUGGUCGCGCCCAGGGCAUCGGCUACGUUCUAGAGCUCGCCGCUCGCCUCGAGCAAAAGCUCAUCAACUCAAGCGAUACAAGCAUUAACUACACCUACACUAAUAACGAAGCCCAGUUUCCAUUUGGCCAGCCCUUCUAUAUGGACAUGUCCCACGAUGAUAUCAUCUUGUCCGUGAUCAAUGCCCUUGGUUUCGACUACUUCAAGUACGGUCCCAAGGGAUUACCCGUUCACCUUGACCAUGCGCCUGAGCGCAACUUCUCUCUCAGCCAGAUGACACCCUUUGGUGCCCGAUUCAUUUCCGAGAUCUGGAAUUGCCCUUGUGAUGUCUCAUUCGAUGAUUUGGACCCUGUUCUUUACACCAACCCCACCAUCAAGUCGACUGCCAAAUCCACGGAGUACAUUCGUUUUGUGCUGAACAAUGCCCCUCUCCCACAAGAUGGACUGAUCGGUUGCGAGAAUUCCAGCAAUGGUUUCUGCCACCUCGAUAAGUUCUUGCAUGGGGUGCCCGCUCUGAAGGAAAAGGCGCAGUUCCAGAAGGCAUGCUUUGGUAACUAUACCACCGGAAGUCAGGUCGGGGACGGUGCUCCUGAAUCUUAG